GGCGGGCCCCGCACGGCCGGGACCAUGCGGGCGGGGACCCUGAAGCCCCGCGGGGCCGCCGCCCACCUGCCCCGCUGCUGCUGCUGCUGCUUCUUGCUGCUCUUCUUGGUGUCCUCGGUGCCCGUCACCUGCCGCCACCUGGGCCCGGGCGUGCCGCCCCCGGACGCCUCCAAUUCCUCCCCCUCCUCCUCCUCCUCCUCCUCCUCGUCCUCCUCCUCCUCGUCCUCCUCCUCCUCGUCGUCGUCGUCGUCGUCGUCCCUCUCUCCGGCCGGCCUGGGCAGACACGUGCGGAGCUACAAUCACCUCCAAGGAGACGUGCGCUGGAGGAAGCUCUUCUCCUACACCAAGUACUUUCUCAAGAUCGAGCAGAACGGGAAGGUCGGCGGCACCAAGAAAGACAACUGUCCGUACAGUAUACUGGAGAUAACGUCAGUGGAAAUUGGAGUGGUGGCGGUCAAGGCCAUUAACAGCAACUACUAUUUAGCCAUGAACAAGAGAGGAAAACUCUAUGGCUCAAAAGAAUUCAACAGUGACUGUAAACUGAAGGAGAGGAUAGAGGAGAAUGGCUACAACACAUACGCAUCCUUUAACUGGCAACACAAUGGAAGGCAAAUGUACGUAGCCUUGAAUGGGAAAGGAGCUCCAAGGAGGGGACAGAGAACACGAAGGAAAAACACUUCAGCGCAUUUUCUCCCGAUGGUUGUGCCUUCCUAGGCAAAGGAACUUCCUAUUGAGGAAGUGAAAAACCAAGGCUCUUUGGCCGAGAAUCCUUGGCAAUACUCAAGAAGAGCAAUCUCCCAUGGCAAAGACAGAGUGCAGACAUCUGCUCUGCGGAAGAGGGAGAGCUUUGGAGGGUGUGUGCUAGCUGCUGGCAUAGGAAAUACUUUCACUUACUUCUGUGUCCUCUCAUAAUCAAGAUAGAGGCUGGAUCAUAUGGGAUGGGCACUGGUCCCCAUUGUGAACAAUGUGGGUUUUUUUUGUUUGUUUUGUUUUUAUCUCCGUGAUAGAACUUGAAGGAUGUGAGACAAUCUUUUGACUGAUCUUCGGAGAAAGUUAUUUAUGGAAUACUAACUCGUUUCAGAGACUUUCAUUGCUCAUUCAAGCCUAACGAUCCAUUGAGCAGUUAGAGAUGCAAGCAUUUACUGGAAGCACUUGGGGUCAUGUACACAACCGAACCCGUUUUUGGUGUAGCAUCAUGGAAGAACGGACAGGACUAAGACAUGUAAAACCAUUAAGGCAAAACUGUUCUAACAAAAUGAAAAGUAUGGUAUGCUUUGUGCAUUCUGCCUUCCACCCUUUCUAUUUCUUUCUAAGUUAUUUAUUUAAUAGGAUGUUAAAUAUCUUUUUUUUGGUUUGAAAUGUUUUCUCAGUGGCCUUCUGAUUUUUCUUUUUUUUAAGCACACCACGUGUCUGUUCAUUAAGGAAUAGUGUCUGGUAUUUGGUAAACUCCCUUGAAAUUAGGAAAUGAGCAACAACGUGGACUCCAUCGGGUGUACAGCAACCAACCAAGUCUGACUGGCUUUCCUCUGGCUGACGCUGCACUUAAGGAAUAAGAUCCAGCAGACGGUGAAUCCGGGGAGGGUGGAGGCCUGGGAUGUGUUGUGUGGGCCUGCAAUCGCUUAGAAACCACACUGUCUCAGACAUCCCUACUGCUGUGAAGAAAUGGCAAGAUGCAGCCAAAUGUCGCUCCUCGAAAAGAAUGCCUCGUCCCAAAACCCAUUGGUGAUGGGAUUCCUAUUCAUCCAGAUGGAGAGUGAAGACAAUUAGUCAGUAUCUCACAGUGGGCAGGGAACUUGUCUACCAACUCUGUUAUAUUACACUCUCCCGACCGCUUAGUAAGGUGCACAGUAAGCGCUCAAUAAAUACAAUCGAUUGAUCCAUUUAACUAGCUCCGUUCCCACAGUGCUCCCUAUUAGUAAGCACGCCUCAAGGGAAAGCCACCUCACUGCUGCCCAGAUAGAGAAGGACCAUUUUAUACAGCCGUAACCGUAAAUCUUCCCAGAGCAAUUAUCGGGGUAUUUGUUAGGCAGUGUGACUCUUUACUGUGGUUUAAGCUGAGCAACUAUAGAACAGUGUAUCCUUCAUUUUAUACUGAAGUGAGUUCAAGCUGUAAGAUUCAUCUUUUUUUUUUUGACAAAAAAAACUUCUUUUUCACAAAUUGAAAUAGCUUUGGAAAGCUCUUUAAUUCAACCAUAUUGAGAUUCAUUUUGUUAGAGCAGGUAAAUAGAAAACCGAACAUCCACAUACCAGUCUUCACAAUGUAUUCCACUAAAUAAAUACAUAAGCCUUUGCAGUGUCUGUAGUGAUUAAAAAUGUAGUAGAAUAUUAUUUUGUUCUAAUUGUUUAAGGGAUGACUAUGAGAUUAUAUUGAUGCUGCAAUUUUAUCUUCAUCUUUCUCAUUGAGGAAAAGUCUGUUUAUUUUUAUUGUUUGGAGACUGUAUUUUGGUACAAAGGAGAGACUCACUAAAUGUGUCUUUUUACUAAAGUUUAACCUCUAGGAAAGCUGGCGUUUUGUGGUCUUCUUAUAACUUAUUUGAGUCAGUGCUUACCCGGCAUUUCCACUGUUAUUCUGUUAUUUAAAUAUUAGCUGUAUAAAGAAGCUUUCCCAUAAAAUACUAAACAGUUCUAUUGUCUUUCCUGUUCCUUAAAUAAAGGUGGAUGAUUGAAAAGAAAUACAUUUGAGGCACAGCAUUUUGGCUUCUGGCUAAAGUUGCAUUUCAAGGUAUUUUGUUUCCUGCUUUGCUUGUUGACAAGUGAGAUUUUUUAAAUGUUUAAUCUUAACUACCUACGGUUGGAAAACUGAUGUAAAACAUUAGCUUGGUAACUGAGACUUAAAAGCAAAGAACCUAAUGCUGCCCUGUAGGGGCCAGGGGCUUUGGUUUCAAAUUUUAAAAUAAUAAUUGCAUAGGACAGGUCAGCCCAGACCACCCACAACAGAAAUUAAAUGUUUGGUUAGACAAAUAUAGUAUUGGAUGGCCACUCUUAACAGCAUGUAGGGCCCUAAUCGGUGUCUUAUUUCACCUACCAUUUAGAUUACUGAAGAACCUAUGUGUAAACAUUCAUAAUUAUAGGAUUCAAAACACUCAAACAGCUUCUAGCAAAACAGCACCGGUGCUGCAGAGGCCAAGAAUAGAAAAGAUCACCUUGGGGGGAAGCUAGCAGAUAUAGAUCCAGAUGUUGCUGCCUGGGGAGUGAAGGUACACAGAGUCCAAAAUGGUGGCCUGACUCAGGAGACACGGCCUGUCAUCCGUUGCCAUCUGAUUCUGAGACUGACACGCUACGGCCUGGAGGGUCGGAGGAAAUAGCUUCACUGAGUGUGGAGGAGCGAUGCCUGAGUGGAAAGUGUGGCCAGUCCGUAAUGUUAAGACUAUUCAACGUAAGUGUGUGUCCUUUCAGGCUCCGGUGCGAAGAGGAUCCCUCUUUCAGAUAAAACAUUGCUCUCCCCGUUUCCCUCCCCAUUUCCCUCCCCCUCCGGCCUCCCAGGAAAGCCUGAACAACAAUGUACAGUAUGUUACAUUUAAAUACAAAUAAUAAAAUGCUGGGAUAGAGAAUAAAAA